CCCAGGACAGGGCAGAGCUGGGGGCACCGGACAAGAGGACGAGACAAAGUGGAUCCCAUCACAAGCAGCACAUCCGAAGCUGGAAAUGCCCGUCAGGUCCGUGUCUGUCAGCUCGCCCGCCAAUCAAAGCCUUCGUUAAGAGUGGCGCGGGCGCCCCAUUGGAAGAAGGAUGGCCACCAUGCCGUUUGUCAGUGAGGGGAAGUGCGUGAGCGUGGAGUGGGAUUUCCUGCAAGGACUUCUGGCCAAGCCUCCUACCCUGCCCUGUCUGCAAAACCUGCGCAAAGAGAAGUCGCGCAAUGCCGCCCGGUCGAGACGCGGGAAGGAGAACUUUGAGUUCUUCGAGCUGGCCAAGAUGCUGCCCUUGCCCGGCGCCAUCACCAGCCAGCUGGACAAAGCCUCGGUCAUCCGGUUGACCAUCAGCUACCUGCACAUGCGCUCCUUUGCCAGUCAGGGGGACCCGCCCUGGAUCUCCCUGCUGGAGGGAGACAGCAACUGCAGCAAAGUGAGACGGUCUUCCCAUUCUCUGGCCACUGACAUCUUUGAACAACACCUCGGGGCGCAUCUCCUGCAGUCUUUGGACGGCUUCGUGUUUGUGGUCAGCCAGGAGGGACGUUUUCUUUACAUCUCAGAGACAGUUUCUAUCUACCUGGGACUCUCGCAGGUGGAGCUGACGGGCAGCAGCGUGUUCGACUACAUCCACCCGGCCGACCACGUGGAGAUGGCCGAGCGGCUGGGGAUCAGGCCCCACUUGCGGGCGGAGGCCGGCUGCCAAGUGGGCCCCGAGAGCGCCCCCUCAAGUUCCGCCUCCGCCUCCUCCCUGGCCGGCACGCCCGAGCCCGGCGCAGCGCCAUCCAGUCCUCACUCUUCAGCUGAUGAACCUCCCGAUCGCGGAUUCUUCAUUCGCAUGAAGUCCACGCUCACCAAGAGAGGGCUGCACGUCAAAUCGUCCGGAUACAAGGUGAUCCACGUGACGGGUAGAAUCCGCUAUCGGCUCGCCAUCGGCCCCGGCGCGGCACGUUCCAUGCCCCGGCCGUUGGGGAUGGUGGCACUGGCUCACACGCUUCCGCCUUCCACGCUCAACGAGGUCCGCAUGGAGAGUCACAUGUUUGUCUUCAGGGUCAACAUGGACCUGCAGGUCACGUACUGCGAGAACAGGAUAUCUGACUACAUGGACCUGACGCCCGCAGAGGUGGUGGGGCGCACCUGUUACCAUUUCAUCUACGUGGAGGAUCUGGAGAACCUGCGGCAGAGCCACGAAGACCUGUUGCGGAAAGGCCAGGUGGUGACGGGCUACUACCGCUGGCUCCAGAAGCGAGGCGGCUACCUGUGGAUCCAAUCCACCGCCACCGUGUCGAUAAAUCACAAAGCACCCCACGAGCGCAACGUCAUCUGGGUCAACUGCGUCCUCAGUCGGACGGAGCUGCCCGACACUCCCCUCGAUCUGCUGCAGCUGCCGGAGAGCGUCAGAGCCGAGCGACUUCUAGUGAGCUCCCCUCCCGCAAACACCUCCCCGCAGGGCCGAGGCUCCCAGCCAGCAAAGAGCUCAGCGGGGAAGAGCGACCCUGACACGAAAACCCGGGAGAAGUUCACCGCCGCCGCCGUGCAAUCCGAGAGCAGGAGGAAACGCCUGCUGAGGGCCGAGCCCGAGGGCGCCCCCCCUGAGAGUCGCCGCCGUCUGGACGAGCUGCGGCACGCCGAGGAGAGCGUCUCGGCCUCCUCGGACCUGGCCAGCGAGAGCGAGGGAGAGGAGGACGAGGAGGAGGAAGACGAGGAGCCCGAGUGGGAGCAGGGGGAAGACGGCGACAAAUUGAAACAAGAAGACGGCGGCGGAGGGAAGCCGAGCAGGGGGGCCGACGCCCCGGCGAGAGGCGACAGAGGAGGGCGGGUCCACAACGGGAGAGCUGUGAUCCAGCAGCUAAAGAGCGUGGUGACCCCGUCCGCCAGCAUCAAGACUGAACACGAGGCCCUGGCCACCGGGGGGCGCUGGGGCUCUCACAGCAGCCAGCCCCAACCCUCUCACGCACACACCCCCUCCAGCAGCCUCAACGGCGACAGCCCCAAUACCCCCAUGCCGGACUCCAGCAGCGAAGCCCCCCCGAAAGGCCUCUUCACCCCUCCCUCCCCGGCCUUGUCACCCGUCAUGCCCGUGUCGUCCCCCCUGCCGCGUGAGGAGCGAGCGGCGCCGGGGGCGGUCGGUCGGGGCGGCGGGCCGGGCGGCGGCCCCGACUUGGAGCUCCUCCAGAGACUUGCCGCGGGGGGCGCAGCGGGACGGGUCCUCUUCCACCCCCUGGCCCUGGGACCCCAAGGCCCCCAGAGCCUGUACGCCCCUAGCACCAUCCGCUACGCUCCCCCCGAGCUGCCCCCCAGCCACCACCACGGCGUCGGACACGGGGACGGGCUGCAGCUGCGCUCAGACCACCACAAGGGGCCCCCGCCGGCCUUCUUCCCCCACCUGCAGCGAUUGGCCGGCUUGCCGCCCUUCAGCGGCUUCUCUCCUUCGGACAGCCCCUUCCCCUCCGGACUUCCCUUCUGUAUGAACGGAUUGCGGGGGGCCGCCGGCUCUGAGGAGGACUGAGAUGAGGAGGGGAAAAAAAGACGUUGAAGUGCGCAAGUGUCAGGACAUUAAGCCUCGGAGGACGUCGCUAAUUGGACUUGAACGACCACGAUGUUAAAAGUGUGACACGUCGCCGCUGGGGGAACGUUUCUAUCGCCGCCGGACAGGCUGACAGCGACUCUUGGAAACUAAAAAAAAAAAACUCAAAAUAAUAAUCAGAUGGCUUCUGAUUGGCGCUCCCUGGAGACUUUUGCAACAAAAUAAUCAACUCGCCGCCGGACCACUUCUGCGUUUCUUCCACUCAGAGAAGCCAUAUUGUAAAUAGAGACAACAACCAUGAUGACCCUCAGCUCACACAGCAAGUCCCCCCCCCCCUUCCCCGCCCAUUCUCAGCCAUCACCCCAAUUAACCCAAUUAACCCGCUCACAGUAAAAAAAAAAAAAAAAAAAAGACACUUGUUGGAGUGGAUUUUUAUUACUGCAGUAUUAUAUAAUUAAUCUCUUUUGGGGUGACAUUUUGAUUCUAGGGGUUCCUUCAAAAUGAAUGGAGGUGAUUUUUGUAUUCUAACUCAAAAUCGUUACAAAAAAGGAGUCGUAUUAAUUAAAAGCACAUUGUUGGGGACAAACGUAAUAAUAAUACACCCAGACAUUCCAUCAUAUAUAAGGGAGGAAAUGCAAUUGAAACAAAAUGCUUUCUUCUUGACGAUUAAUGUGUCAUCAUAAUAUUUGUGUAUGAAAGCCAUCAUUUCAAUUGUGUUGUUUCCACAUAGAGCACUCUCAAAACAUUUGGGUCAAAAAAGCACUUUGGUAUUAAAUGAUCCCCAAAACAAAACAAAAAAAACCAAAGUUGGGUCAAAUUGACCCAAGUAGCAGUCGGUCCAUUUUGACCCAAAUUGGGUUAUCUUUGACCCCCACCCCCUAAAAAAAAAAAAAAAAAAGUUGGUUUAUACCAAAAUACCCCCAAAAGUAGCAGUCACUUCCUUUCUUACCCCAGACAGAGUUAUUUUUGACCCAACUGUUUUUAGAAUGAGGCAAUAAAAUAAUCAUUUCGAGGGAAAUUGUCUGAAAAAUAAUUAGGUCAAAAAUUAUGUGUCAAAAAGGAACUUUGGGUGUUUGUUGUUUUGUACAAAACGACCCCAAAAAUUGGUUAAUUUUUUUUUUACAUUUUGACUGGUUUCUUUUCUCAUUUUAAAAGGUGGAAAACAUUAUUUUUAUUUUGAGCACUUAACUGAAAAUUCAAACUGGAAGCACUUCACGCAGCUUAACGCGGUCCUGUUAAAACAGAAAACAACGCAAGAGCGCUCGCAAUAUCGUAGCCGCUCGGCCGUGCGGCCGAGGGAAUAAAUAGUCAUUGAUGAAGUAACGGAGCAUAAAAACGGGUCAUAAAAUGACAGCCAUUAAAGUCAACGUCGGGUCAGGAGACACUUUCGGUGUCAGUCGACUGGGGAAUAAAAGCCCCAUCCGUCACUUUUACAUGUGCUGGGGUUUCACUUGAAUAGAAGAAGUAAAAAAAAAAAAAAAAAGGAAA